UUUUGUUUGAGGAUAUAUUUGGUGGUUCUUGAGUUGUGGUCAACCAAUUAAUGUUCUUCAUCCUAUUCCUAUACAUAACUCCUCUGUGUUUAGCCCAAUAUAUCUUGCUAUAAUAUUGUUGUUUUUAUUCUGGCUGUAUUCUUUCUUCUUGCAAUGACACAAGAUUUGGCAUUUCUAUAUGGAUAUACAAACAUCACUGUAAAUUUAGCAAUUAUUCUUAUUACCAUCUUGAAUAUCGUGGUUUAUAUGCUCCAAAAACUUCAAGAAGCAGAAGUUGUGGAGCAAAAUAAUUGGCUUCAAUCAUUGUCUACUCGACAAUCAUGUUACCGUUUCUCCUUCAAUGAGAUGAAGCGGGCAACAUCUAACUUCCACGACGAAUUAGUGAUCGGAAAAGGCGGGUUUGGAAAUGUUUACAAAGGGAGUCUUGCACCUGGAGCAACUGUAGUUGCCAUAAAACGGUUGAAAUCCAUGUCAAAUCAAGGAUCCACAGAAUUCCGUGCAGAGAUUGAGAUGCUCUCAAAAGUUCGGCACAGCCAUCUAGUGUCUUUGAUUGGUUACUGUGAUGAAGGUUAUGAGAUGAUUCUUGUUUAUGAAUUUAUGCCAGGUGGCACGUUGGCCGAUCAUAUUCAUAAGAGGCUUCGACAAGAUGACACUUCUUCUCCACCUCUUUCAUGGGUUCAACGUCUCAAGAUAUGCAUCGGAGCAGCUCAAGGACUGGACUACCUUCACACUGGAACAGGCAUCUACCAGAGAAUCAUACACCGGGAUGUAAAGAGCACUAACAUUCUACUUGACGAUAAUUUUGCAGCUAAGGUUUCUGAUUUCGGAUUAUCUAGAACAAGUCCAGCAAAUCAGGCAGAUACAUUCGUAAGCACUCAGGUGAAAGGAAGCUUCGGAUAUUUUGAUCCUGAUUAUUUCCGAACUCAAAGGCUCACAAGGAAAUCCGACGUGUAUGCCUUCGGUGUUGUGUUAUUUGAGGUCUUGUGUGGAAGGCCAGCAGUGGACAAGAGUCUGGAUGAGCAGCAAAUUGCUUUAGCUGGAUGGGCACAACAUUGCUUCAGAGAGAAACGCUUGGGGGAGAUUAUUGAUCCGGGAAUAAAAGCGAACGUGUAUCCUGAUUCUCUAGAUAUGUUUGUGAAAGUUGCAGUCCAGUGUUUACAUACCGAACCUAAACAGCGUCCCACUAUGGCUCAGGUUGUGGUUGGUCUUGAGUCUGCCUUGGCCUUGCAAGAAAAGAGCACAGAAUAUUGUUCUCCAGAGACAAUUAGUGAUGAUAAACAUGAGGUGGAUAAUGAAAAUUCUGAAAAUGAGAUGCGGGGUAUAUCUAGGGGUAUAUCCAGCAGUAGGCAUCAACAAAAGUGGUCUUCUACUUUUAAAAGAUUUUUUGCUCUACUCACACCUGCAGCUCUGGCCAGAUUAGUCCAAAGGUAUUCAAAGUCAGUAAAGUCAUCAAAUAUGAAGAUGUACACAUAUAAUGAUCUCUGUAUAGCUACCAGGAAGUUCCAUGCCGAUGCUGAGUUGUGGAAAGACGGUAAUUGUACCAUUUAUAAGGGUUACUUUGAUGAGAAAACAUACGCUGUUGCAAAAUGGGGUACUGGUCUGGUUACUGCAAUAAAGAUGUUCAAAGAUAGCGAAGCUGACAUUCAGGGGUAUUUGACAGAAUUCCUUACCUUACAAAAACUUUGUCAUCCUAAUAUUGUUAAAGUGAUUGGACUUUGCCUUGAUAACAAGGAACCGUUUCUGGUACAUGAGUACCCACCUCAUGGACGCUUGCACUGGCAUCUGUUUGAAACAGGGGAUUCUGACUCUGAAUCGCUCUCUUGGAAACUUCGUAUAAGUAUUGCUCAUGGAGCUGCUAAGGGGCUUGCAUAUCUUCACAGUCCAGAAGUAAAUGUUAUACAUUGCGAUGUCAGAACAUCCAACAUAUUGAUUGAUUCAAAAUACAAUUCAAAGCUCUCUGGUUUCUGUUGCUCUACGAACGGACCAGAAGAUGAAAGAUCCCAUGUUACUACAUUUGUUCGGGGAACAGAUGGUUAUCUAGAUCCCGCAUAUGUUAAUACAGGUCAUUUAACAAUGAAAAGCGAUGUCUUCAGCUUUGGAGUUGUCCUCCUGGAACUUUUGACAGGACGAAGACCAGUUUUCGAGUUUGAAACAGAGAAUACGAGCCUUGCUUAUUGGGCUCAGUCUCGGCUCAGCAAAGAGCAUGGGAUUUUGGAUAUAAUGGAUGCACAUUUGGAAGGCCAAUACACUGUAGGAGCAGCAUCAACAGCCUCUUCCCUCGCACUUAGAUGCACCUCAGUAGAUACCAAAUCAAGACCUGAUGCAAAGCAAGUAGCAGAAGAAUUAGAGCAGCUUCUUUCUUUAAUAAACCUAGAGGUCAACGAGAACGACUUAAGCAAGCCAACUGCACGGUGACAAUAAAUAAUGAUUUAAUGUAAUCGAUAUAUUUGAAUUUUGUCAUUUUUAUAGAAUACGUAUUGUACCAAUAAACCACUGCUCUUCCUCCAUGUAAUAUAUUUCUCUGUCAAA